AAUUUCUUUCCUUUUCAAACCUGAAUCUGAAUUCGUUCUGUUUUACCCUUCCUGGAAUUAGGGCUCCUUAUGCAUAACGACCUACUGCCUAGAAGAAGGAGGGCCUUUUUCCCGGGUAAUGAGAAACAUGGAUCGGUUGCAUUGUCGAACGUCUGGACAGAAAUCAUUCGAACGUCAUGAAUUAGCUCCGUUUGGGUUUCGACUCCGCUAUCAAUGAAAAGAAGAAUACAUACCAAGUGGACACUAUGAUGCGCAAUGCCCUGGACCAGUCAGUGAUAUCGACAGGGCUAUCUCCCGUGGGAACAAAUGGACAUCGGGGCAACAGACAUACUCCAAUACGGUCUAUCCACUUCAAGUUACCGAUGUACGCCGUGACGUUUAUGUUACUCUUGGCAAAUUGAACAGGUUGUUCAGCUUGGUAGUUGAAAACAAGGAAUUUAGUCUUUACAUGGUGCGUCUUAUCGGAGCCUUAAUCACCGCAAACAUGACAUGCACCAAAAAACAAGGACACACUGGCCAUCGCUAGUCUGCCCAACUAGGCGGUUCUCUAUUGGAGCGCAGGAGGGGCGACCCGCAUGGGCAAUCGCAGGAAGCAGGAAGUUUAUUGUUUUCUCGCUACAGCUUGGGCCGUUGAGACAUAAGUUCUUUACGAAAACUGCUCACUAAUAUUCUUCCCUUUUCCUGCAUGAGUACCGACUCGGAUUUUGACAGAAUUCUUUCCAUGGCUUCUAACAUCAGGGAGCCUCUGAACAUAUCAAAGGUCGCAGGGAACCUUUGGCAGUAUUUAGAUCUCUCAUUCGCAUUUGAUGCAACUAAUCUUCAAGAGCAAAAGACAAUCUUAGCUCAAGAAUUCGUUAGGGCUCAAUCGGAAAGUCCAGCGAAUGAUCAGCGAUGUGAUGCAACUCCUCCCUCCUCGUCCGAGUCCCCUUCUACCUCCGCAAGUCACGUCGACGACGGAGCUACUAGCUUCAGUAAGACCUAUCGAGUUUUGGAUCAUCUUGAUAAAGGGAUCUUGCAACAUGCGACAACUCUCAGUAAUUUGGCUUCACAAUGGAAGGCAUGUUGCACCGACACCUUGCCUGAUACAAUCCCAAUCCAGUCGCUACGUAUUCAAUUUCUGAAGCCGAAUCCCGAUUGUGGUGUGGGCGUUGCACAAGAGAUCCCAUCAUCUGCAUUCAAAGUCGAAGCGGAUCUCAUACGUGAGAUAGAAAGUCUAUGGGUCAGCCACUUUCUUCCGGACAACGUACGAGCCGAACCCCACAAUAUAUAUCUCAACGGCGCUUGCGAGCAAUUUUGUCCCUGCAUGAAUGCGAUAGAAGAGGACCAUAUUGGAAUGUUUCUGAUUGACUUGCCAGAUGACCUCGAGAUGGUGGAUAGUUCGACUGGCUCCUUGGACUCACGCCACACGGUUUGGACAGCAUUCUACACAAACAUUCAUCAUUCUCGGAAGGAUAUCCCACACGGCGUCCGAUCUGUACUUUCUUUCAAGAUCUUUCUGAAAGAAACCCACUCAGAAGCAACGGAAAAGAUCAAAGAGCUGGUCAAGGAAGAACUUAGCCAAAUGCCCCCUCCUUUUGCAUUCGGUCUUUGUUAUCAUUACCCCAAUGUCAUCAAACCCCGCGGGUUCGAGAGGCUCCUGUUGGAGGCAGCAAACGAACUUCCACACGUACACAUUCACAGGCUCCCUAUUAUUUCACGCGCAAUGUUGAAACAGAACGACGACUUCACUUUCCCGGAAAAUAACCAACUGUUCACCCAUAUUCUCCCUUUUGAUGAUGACCAUCUUAACAUCUACCUCCAAGAACUCGAGAUCCACAACUAUUGGAUCUUGCACAACGAUGGCGCUCACGACCCUAAGGAAGAAUUGUACCGUGAAUUUGCUCCCGGAGAUGAAGAAGAGCUGCAGCCAGAUUCUUCGUUUCGCUGGUUGCGGUCAUUGAAAGGCUCAUUGCCUGUAGAAUCUGUUUGGUCUGCUGUUGAGGAGGAAGAGGGCGAGCAACGUCCAGACAAGCUCCUCAUCCGGUGGUUAAUGUCCCUAAACUCUCAGAUUCCUUAUUCUCACCCAGUACCAGACCCUGGAAGACGGUGGCCUGAUGAAGAAACGGAGGAAGGAUCGGAUUCGUGGUACCUACCUAGCAUUUACCUGCAGGACGCGAUGGUAGUACUUCCCGAACGCCCGCCAGAAAUCAAACCAUCCGAGAAAUCUCGGGGUGCUGGUCAGUCGAGGAAACCUACCAAAGUCCGGUUGUCUUUGAGGAAGGGUCUUAGGUCCUACGUGUUGGAACGCAAGGCGACCCAUGGCUGGAGAUUCCCACCGCUCGGUCUGUCACGACGCUCCUAUGCUGUUCGUUCAUUCAAAGGCGUAAAAUCUAUGCGCAAGGUUCUACGACAUUUAAUAUCAUUGCUAGAGGUACAUUUAAGUUAGUAGAUACAAUCAAGUCGCUACAGUAUUCCGUUGAUAAGUUAUUGAAGUAAUCAUCGUCUGUGAUGUAUGCGUUCGACUACGCGAUCCAAACGUCCUUUGAGCGCACCUAUAUCAUCCAUC